UGUAACUUGUAAGUACAGAAUCGUAGAUUCGUAAUUAAUCGUAAUGCUUAGUGGAUGUGAAUUCAUUAUAAUUCCUAAGUUCCAACUUUAUUUGUGAUCGUGAGAAUUUAGCAUACAAUACGUUACAGAAACAUUGGCUGUUUUCAUCGUUUGCAUCAGUGACUGAGAUUUGCAUUUGCACUGCAUCAACACAUGCAGCCUGAAUAGCCUGUUGCUGACUCUUGAGUCUUGUUGUUCAUUGGAUUCCUCUAUAUGGUAGCUGUAUGUUGAAAACCUCCACAUCAUAACGAUAUGGCUUUCGCAGCCGUGGAACCUUUCCUAACAGCAUCCGCUCGGGAAUGCAAGAAAUCCCUGACGCUGAUCAAUUUCAAGCGCUUCCAAGCGUGUUUUGGUUGGGCCAAGACGGGCUCUUCAGUCGGGUAUGGCGCCUGGCUGAAGUACACCCGCAUCGGCGGGAAAACCAUCAAAGUCAGCAUGCUACUGGGGAUCCUCCCGGUGCACACCAGCUCCCGCUUAUCCGCCGUCUCUUCCCUCGAUUCCCUCCCCGAUGCGGUGGGGAAAUCGCGCGUCCGCCCUGAACCCUUGCCCGCUGCGUCCACGAGCAGCCAUCGCAGUAAUCUGUACAUUUUCCUCCGUCAGCCGUGGUUGUUUAUCUUCCUCUUCUUCCGCUGCCUGAAGUUGGGAUUAUUAUUCGGUCCGAUGCUGAUUUUGUAUGUGUUCAUGCACGAUGUACCCCAGUUGAAAUUGGUGUGGCUGCACCUGCUGCUCAAAGCCUUUCAGACGUCCGGACCGACGUUUAUGAAGUUUGGUCAGUGGAUGAGCACACGACGGGAUAUAUUUUCUCCCGAGUUGUGUGCUGUUUUUUCCACGCUGCACCGGCGGACGCCGCCGCAUUCCUUCCAUCACACCGAACGCGAAUUGAAUAGAGCGUUUGGAAAGAGCUGGAAGCGAAAUAUCAUAUUCUACAGCAAACUUCCUGUGGGAUCGGGUUGUGUUGGUCAGGUGUAUAAAGUGAAAGUGGCGGCCAACAGUAUCAAUGUCCAAGGUCCUCCUGACAGUCUGGAUGAUUCCCUGGGACCUUUUGAUAUUACUCCGGUGCGCACACCGCAGCCUGAAAUCAAACCAGCACCUAAAGCUCAGUACGUUGACGCCGCAUUAAAAGUCUUGCAUCCCCACAUCGAAGAUCGUGUCAACCGGGAUUUGGUGAUCAUGGAAAUCGGCGCCAAUAUUCUGGAGUUUAUGUUUAAGGAUUUUCGAUGGCUUCGUCUCCGCGAUAGUGUGUUGGCGUUCAGUAGUCUGAUGCAGAAACAGUUGGAUUUGCGCGUGGAGGCCAAGAAUCUGGAGAUAUUUCGACAGAAUUUCGCCAAUUUCGAGGCGGUCACCUUCCCGGCGCCACAUUAUCCGUUUGUUACGAAACACGUUUUGAUGGAGAGUUGGGAAGACGGCGUAUCGAUUAGUAAUUACCUCGAUAAUAAAGUUCCUCAUCAAACCAAGCAGAAAUUAGCAUCCCUGGGCGCUGAUGCGUUGCUCAAGAUGACGUUCGUGGAUAACUUCGUCCAUGCGGAUAUGCAUCCGGGGAAUUUGUUUGUUAAGAGCCCGGUUUCUCCCAGUGAUCGGCCCGACCGACCCAAAAUGGUGUUGGAGGAUAUUGGCGAUCUGGUGGUAGUCGGGAUGCGGAAGCGAGCUUUGCCUUUGCAACUGGUUAUUAUUGAUGCCGGCCUGACAGCAUCAUUAUCGCAAUAUGAUUUCGAUAGUUUUCGCGGUGUUUUUGCCGCUGUCGUCAAAGGCGAUGGAGAUUUGGUGGCGGAUAAAUUUUUGUUCCACGCCGCGGCGGACGCCUGCUCCGAUCGUGUGGGCUUCCGGAGGGAUAUGUCCAAACUCGUACACGAAGCACGCAGUCGCGAGCUGUCUUUGUCGGAGGUCGACGUCGGGCAGUUGUUAUCUGACUUGUUUAGCAUACUUGUAAAAUAUCACGUCAAAUUGGAAAGCAAUUUCGUUUCAAUAAUGCUGUCGAUAAUGGUCUGUGAAGGGCUGGCACGGUCACUCGAUCCCAAUUUGGACCUGCUAGAGAAAGCCCGACCUGUGCUUCUACGCAAGCUCAUUUUCUGAGGAGGCCUUUCUGUGUGAAUUUUACUUUUUGUAUGUUUUUAUUGUUACUAUGUAAUGCAGUAUUUAUUAAACAAAAUAAAACGGUAUUACUGAAAA